UCAUGAAUUUGGACUGGCCUAGGAGUAGCCCAAGAUUCACCUUGUAAGUGUUGGGCUGGCCAGCUACUCUGACACACUGUGCUGAGGGCUCACACCCUACCGUGCAGAGGAAGCAACAGGCAGACUGGCCCUGGCAUGGCAGGUAUCAGAGUCAUCGAUGUGGACUGGCAGAGGUCAAAAAACAGUGCUGCCCACCACACCCAGGAGUACCCUUGCCCAGAACUGGUGGUUCGCAGAAACCAGAUGUUCACCCUGACAUUGGAGCUAAGCAGAGCUCUGGACAGUGAGGAGGCCCUGGUCUUCACAGUGGAGACAGGACCCCAGGCUUCUGAGGCCAUGAGCACCAAAGCUGUGUUCCAGACAGCAGAGCUGGAGGUGAGCGACACCUGGAUAGCAGUGAAGGAAGCACAGGCCGAGAACACCGUAACUGUCUGCCUUGCCAGCCCUCCCAAUGCCGUCAUCGGCCGCUACCUGCUGAAUGCCCGCUCUUCCUCCCGACGCAAGCACAGUGACCAUAAGCUGGGCGAGUUUGUUCUCCUUUUCAAUCCAUGGUGCCCAGAGGAUGACGUGUUUCUGGCCUCAGAGGAAGAGAGACAGGAGUACGUGCUCAAUGACAGCGGGAUCAUCUUCCGAGGCGUGGAGAAGCACAUCCGAGCCCAGGGCUGGAACUACGGGCAGUUUGAUGAGGACAUCCUGAACAUCUGCCUCUCCAUCUUGGACCGAAGUCCCAGUCACCAAGACGAUCCAGCCACAGAUGUGUCCCGCCGCCACGACCCUAUCUACAUCACUCGGGUCAUCAGCGCCAUGGUGAACAGCAACAACGACCGGGGAGUAGUACAAGGCCAGUGGCAGGGCAAGUACGGCGGUGGCACCAGCCCCCUGCACUGGCGUGGCAGUGUGGACAUCCUGCGCAAGUGGUUCAAGGGCAGGUUCAAGCCAGUCAAAUAUGGCCAAUGCUGGGUCUUCGCGGGAGUUAUGUGCACAGUCCUUAGGUGCCUGGGGAUCGCAACAAGGGUAGUGUCCAAUUUUAACUCGGCCCAUGACACAGACAGAAACCUGAGUGUGGACAAAUAUGUGGACUCAUUUGGCCGGACGCUGGAGGACCUGACGGAAGACAGCAUGUGGAACUUCCAUGUCUGGAAUGAGAGCUGGUUUGCCCGGCAGGACCUGGGCCCCUCUUACAAUGGCUGGCAGGUUCUGGAUGCCACCCCCCAGGAGGAGAGUGAAGGUGUGUUCCGGUGCGGCCCAGCCUCUGUCACCGCAAUCCGUGAAGGUGAUGUGCACCUGGCCCACGAUGGACCCUUUGUGUUUGCGGAGGUGAACGCGGACUACAUCACCUGGCUCUGGAACGAGGACCAGAGCCGGGAACGAGUGUACUCCGACACCAAGAAGAUUGGCAGGUGCAUCAGCACCAAGGCGGUAGGCAGUGACACCCGUCUGGACAUCACAGGCCUCUACAAGUACCCAGAAGGCUCGCGGAAGGAGAGACAGGUGUACAGCAAGGCGGUGAGGAAGCUGUUCGGCGUGGAGGCCUGGGGGAGGAAGACCCGGUUGCGCAGGGCGGGUGGCCACGGUCUGUGGCGCGAUGACCUGCUGGAGCCCGCUGCCAAGCCCAGCAUCACCGGCAAGUUCAAGCUGCUGGCGCCGCCUGUGCUGGGCCACAACCUGAAGCUGGCCCUGUACUUGGCCAACCUCACUACUCAGGUGCAGCGGGUCCGCGUCAACCUGAGCGGAGCCACCAUCCUCUACACCCGGCGGCCAGUAGCCGAGAUCCUGCAUGAGUCCCACAUGGUGCGUCUGGGGCCCGAGGAAGAAAAAAGGAUUCCUAUUGCAAUAUCUUACUCUCAGUACAAGAAAGAUCUGACAGAAGAUAAGAAGAUCCUGUUGGCUGCCAUGUGCCAUGUCAUCAAAGGAGAGAAACUCCUAGUAGAGAAGGACAUUACUCUGGAGGACUUCAUCACCAUUAAGGUGUUGGGCCCAGCCACAGUGGGAGUUGCUGUUCUGGUGCAAGUGAUGGUGGCCAAUCCCCUCUUUGAAAGAGUACAAGACUGUAAGCUGAUGGUGGAGGGCAGUGGCCUUCUCCAGGAACAGCUCAGCAUUGAUGUACCCAGCUUGGGGCCCCAAGAGAAGACCUCAGUCCAGUUUAGCAUCACCCCGUCCAAGAGUGGCCCCAGGCAACUGCAGGUGGACUUCAUCAGCCCCCACUUCCCAGAUGUCAAGGGCUUCAUGAUCAUCGACGUGGCUAUCGCUAAGUGACAACCCACCAGGAGCUGAGGCGGGAGAAGAUGAUGCUCUUCCUCUUCCUGUCAGUUUCUUUGUCCUUCCCUUAUGGGAGCCAGGAGGUCUGGGUUCCUGUUCUGUUUCAUCUUCUACCUCACUCUGUGAACUUCAAGUUCUUCCCCUCCUGGGCCUCAGUUUCCCAAUCUGUCAAAUGAAGUGUUAGACUCUGUGAUCCUUAAGCUUUCUGUCAAUAAUGGAUGAUGUGAAGAAACUCCUACACAUCCACCCAUCACUCUUGUUGCUAGGAGGUUUACUUCAGAACCCCCAUCCCCAUCCUCACUCCCUGCUACGCCACACCCCCC